AUGAGAGAAGCUGCAAAUGAGUGGUACCUUUCGCUCAUCCCUAGUUACGACCACCCUAGGACUAUAACCCCCUUGUAUCCGUACCUCCUAGAAGAAGAUAGUAAAUGUACAGGUGGUGCACCAUUUAUGCUGCUGCUCAUCCCUUCAGCUCCUCAAGACUUACACAUCAGAAAUGUCUUGAGGAACACUUGGGCCAAUGAGUCUUUGGUCAAUGAUGUCCAUAUUAUUAGACUUUUCCUCUUGGGAAGGUCAAAUAGUAAUAUAGAGAAGGUUAUACAAGAAAGUGACCUGUUCCAUGACAUCAUAAUGCAAGAUUUCAUGGACUCUUACUAUAACCUGACAAUCAAGACUUUGAUGGGGAUGGAGUGGGUGAGUCGUUUGUGUCCAAAUGUUAAGUACGUCAUGAAAAUCGACUCGGAUAUGUUCUUCAACCCUUGGUUUUUAGUAGAGGAAAUCUUACAGCCUCAAAAUCCAGCCCCAAAAAACUUUUUUACAGGGCUGACUGUGCACAACGCUUUACCACACAGAGACAAGGGAAGUAAAUGGUACAUGUCUAUCAAAGCCUAUUCUAAAAAGUUCUAUCCACUCUACUGCUCCGGGACAGGUUACAUUUUCUCUGGAGACUUGGCAAAAAAGAUCUACCUGGCAGCAGCAGGUUUGCAGAUAUUCCCUUUUGAAGACGUUUUUGUAGGAAUGUGCCUACAAAAGUUAGGAGUCAAAAUCUUCGAACCUUCAGAAAAAUGGUUUAUUGGGGAAAAGGUUCCUUAUGACAGGUGUAAGUUUACGAAGCUUGUCACUGUCCACCACUUUACCCCAAAUGAACUGUCGAAGAUAUGGCCAGAUUUUCUGGAGGCUAUGGAAACCUGUAAUAAGAACUAA